AUGCUGUUCAGCUCGCUCGCCACCGCUCUGGCCCUUGCCAGCAGCGCCACUGCAAUCCCCACCUUCGCACUCGAAGUGCGUCAAGCCACCACGCUCAACGCCGCCAUGGUCGCGCGCGGCCGCGGCUACAUCGGGACCUCGCUAACCAUCCGCUCCGACAACAGUGAGCAAAACCUCAUCAAGGGCGCUGAGUUCGGCUCCAUCACGCCGGAAAAUGCGAUGAAAUGGGACGCGACGGAGCCGAAUCGCGGCUCGUUCAGCUGGAGUGGCGCCGACCAGAUCGCGAACUUCGCAACGCAGAACGGGAAGCAGAUGCGGUGUCACACGCUGGUGUGGUACAGCCAAUUGCCGAGCUGGGUGAACCAGAUCAAUAAUAACGCGACGUUGAUGAGCGUUAUGACGAAUCAUAUUCAGCAGGUUAUGGGGCGGUACAAAGGGAAAUGCACGCAUUGGGAUGUUGUGAAUGAGGCGUUAAACGAAGACGGUACCUACAGAGACAACGUCUUCCUGCGCGUAAUCGGCGAGCAAUACCUCCCCAUCUCCUUCCGCAUCGCGGCAGCCGCCGACCCCGCCGCAAAGCUGUACUACAACGACUACAACCUCGAGUACGGCGACGCCAAGCACCAGGGCGCCCUCCGCAUCGUCAAGCUGGUGCAGUCGUGGGGCGUCAAGAUCGACGGCGUCGGUCUGCAGGGCCACCUGGUCACGGAGAAGACGGGCACGCAGUCCACGCCGACGCCGUCCGUCGACGUGCUCACCAAGGUGCUGCAGGACUAUGCGGACCUGGGCGUCGAUUCGGCGUACACCGAGGUCGAUAUCCGGAUGAACACGCCGUCGACGGCCGACAAGCUGAAGGUCCAGGCUGCGGCGUAUGCGCGCGUUGCGCAGAGCUGCAUGAAUGUGGCGCGGUGCGUCGGGAUUACGCUAUGGGGCGUGUCCGACAAGUACUCGUGGGUUCCGCAGACCUUCUCCGGCGAGGGCGCGGCGCUGCUCUGGGAUAACAACUAUGCGAAGAAGCCGGCGUAUCAGUCUUUCCUGGAUGUCCUGAACGGGAAGAACGCCACUAUGACCUAG